CGCCAUCUUGAUUGUGGGAAGUCUCGUCUAGGCUGUCCUCUCUCCAGUUGGGAGGACCAAGAUGGAGCCAAGGAUGAAGUAGCAAGUGUAUGUCUUUCUUGGGAGCAGGAUGUUGCGCAAGUUUACACUUCUGACCCCAUCACACUGCUUCCCACCGAGAUGCAAGAGAGGAUUCCUCAUCUUCCAGAUGUGCAGGCUGAAAUAUUUAUGGAUGAAAUUAUCAGAUGCCUAGCAUUUGCUCCAUGAUAAUCUGAGACCUGCCCCGAAUACAGUACAGGAGCAUCUUCAAAGUACUUCCAGUGGGUGCCCUGGACAGCAGCUAAGAACCCCGGGGUAAAACGAGUUUCCUCUCUACUGUUACAAAUCAGAAACCUCCUCGGUAAAAGCCUCAGAUCUGGGAAACGCGGAUGCACAUGCCAACUUUUGCGUCUCAGUCUGCGCCUGCGCACGUGACCUCUACACGUCUGCCUCUGCGCCUGCGCCGCUCAAGUUAGCGCGAGGCUACUCAGUCGAGGGUGGGACUACGCUUCGCGUUUUGGGAUUGGGCGGUGAAGGCCAAACCGGACGGCGCGGAAAUGACGUCACGCCGGCGGCCCUGCCGCGCGGUGGCUGCUGGGUGCCGCACGCCUUCCCAUCCUUCUCCUCUCCCCUCCCCCAUCCCUCCCCGCCCCCUCGGCCGCUCCGCUCCCUGGCGUGACUCGGCACUGAGAGUCCCGGGAGAAGACUCGGCGGUCGCCACCUCUUCUGUCCAGGCCUCGGCCUUCCUGAGCAUCUCUCCUUCCUCUCCCAGAUCGUCUUCUCCUUCAGUUUCGAAGCCAGUGGCGUCGCGGCCACCCUGCCGGGCUCUCUGUGAGGAUGGUGGGGGUGAAGCCCGUCGGGAGCGACCCGGAUUUCCAGCCAGAGCUGAGCGGCGCGGGCUCCAGACUCGCCGUGGUCAAGUUCACCAUGAGAGGGUGUGGGCCAUGUUUGAGGAUUGCCCCAGCAUUCAGUUCUAUGAGUAAUAAAUAUCCACAGGCUGUUUUCUUGGAAGUCGAUGUACAUCAGUGUCAGGGAACAGCUGCCACCAACAAUAUAUCAGCAACACCUACAUUUUUGUUUUUUCGAAACAAAGUGAGAAUUGAUCAAUAUCAAGGUGCAGAUGCUGUGGGAUUAGAAGAAAAAAUCAAGCAGCACUUAGAAAAUGACCCUGGAAGCAAUGAGGACACAGAUAUUCCAAAAGGCUAUAUGGAUUUAAUGCCUUUUAUUAACAAAGCUGGUUGUGAGUGUCUUAAUGAAAGUGAUGAGCAUGGAUUUGACAACUGUUUACGAAAAGACACAACCUUCUUGGAAUCUGACUGUGAUGAACAGCUGCUUAUUACUGUGGCAUUCAAUCAACCUGUUAAGCUUUAUUCCAUGAAAUUUCAAGGGCCAGAUAAUGGUCAGGGCCCUAAAUAUGUAAAAAUUUUUAUCAACCUACCCCGAUCUAUGGAUUUUGAAGAGGCAGAAAGAAGUGAACCAACUCAAGCGCUGGAACUGACAGAGGAUGAUAUUAAAGAAGAUGGCAUUGUUCCACUUCGUUAUGUUAAGUUUCAGAAUGUUAACAGUGUAACUAUAUUUGUUCAGUCGAAUCAAGGUGAAGAGGAAACAACAAGAAUUUCAUAUUUUACUUUUAUUGGUACUCCAGUCCAGGCAACAAAUAUGAAUGACUUCAAACGAAGGCCAAGGCAAGAAGAUCACUUAAACCCAGGAGUUCAGGACCAGCUGGCAAACAUACUUUUUUAAUCCAACUCAAAUGAACUAAAAACAGAAGAUAUUUUAAAAUGAAGUAAUAUAAAGAUUGACCUUGUCUCACUCUACUCCCCUCCUUGCUUCUCUGCUCAUCUAGCACCUGUCUGCUCUCACCCUUCCCAUGUUCUCGCCAUUGUUGGUGCAAGAUUUCUACAGCUUCUAUCAUCUGGAUCAGCCUUGUUACCUAGGUUUCCUCAACCAUCUCUUUCUUCAGAUCUCAUCCUAGUUGUGUUUCUUAAUUGGCCUUUUAUUUUGUUUUGGCUUUUGUUUUGGGCUUGCAACUAGGUGCUUUAAUUUUUUACCAUACCGUGUUGCUCACUAGCCUUUUUAUUUUUUUUACUUUCUACUGUUUCAUAUUUAAUUUUGUAUUACAUUUUGAGGCAUAACAUCACAAUAAAAUUAAAUUGUUAUAAAAUGUUUUAGAUUUAACUAGUUGAAUAGUUUUAAUCCAUUCUAAACUUUAAAUUUUAUUUCCUAGGAACUAUAGAAUUCUUUUGGAAAUCAAAUAUAGCAGUUGCAUCAAGUUCUUUUAUGUUUGUGCUAGUUUAAUAUAUUGAUUACAUUUCAGUUGAGGGGUGUUGGUUUUCUUUUCCUCGUUGGAAUGUUAGCCCCAAAGUCCUUUUGAUGAUUGAUUGGGGCAUGUCCUCUGCUUUUGCCCAAGUGAGCUCAAAACCAGUUGAAGGACUUAUGGACUGAAUAUUAGGUUGGGUUAACAUAUUAAUAUAGAAGAUCAAUGGACUCUUUACUGAAUAAAUAUUUUUUACACCUAA